AUGACUUCUUCUUUGAGGCCUCCAGGACGUCUUUCAAAGAGUAGGGACAAAACCCGAUGGUUUGAGACACUACUUUGUUGGCUGAAUGUGACCUCUUGGAUUCUUGAGUCUACCUGGGUUGGGUGGACAAGGAUGACGGUUCUUUGCAUGAUGGUCCUCAAGGAUGUCAUGUAUGGAACUGGCAUUAUUAGGGCUGCUUUCCACCAGCUGAUCCCAGCUCCUAGCAUAGUGGUUCCCUCUACCUGGGUUCCAUCAGACCAGAAUUCAAACACACAACAAAAAGAGGAUAGGGGAGAAGAGUCAAACAGAAAGGGUUUACAUACUUAUGAGAAUGGUGCACAGACCAAGACAAGAAAGAGCGAGGAUAAUCAGUAUCACCCUUUUCUUGAUGAAGGUGACUACAAGGUAGCUUGGUGGGCAAUCGAGCAAGGGCCAAAUCAAAACGCCCUCAUAGAUUUUUUGUCCAUUGACGAGGUGAACAGUAAACUUGGACUAUCCUACAUUGUGAAACUUGUACCCAAGUUCGGCAUUCACUGGGUCAAGGUCCAUCUUCGCGGUUUGAAUGUCCGGGUGACCUGUGACCUUACCCAAAUAGAUUCACCUGCGGAUCGGACGUGCAACUUGCUUCAGUCUGUCGUGGAUUCGCCUCGCAUAGCGCUGAAUGGUAACGAGUGGAAUUGGAGACUCCGUGGUCUUAAAGCCUGCCAGUCUGUCGUGGAUUCGCCUCACAUAGCGCUGAAUGGUAACGAGUGGAAUUGGAGACUCUGUGGUCUUAAAGCCUGCCAGAGCAAACUGCCGCCUUCUGUUCGACGUGAGAUCACACGGUUACUCAGGAUCCCAACUUCAAUGCAACCAACCAUCCCAUCUCGAACUCUGCCUGUCGCGCAGCUACUCGACAUCAAUAUUUGUGCAUCGCUGGACUGUGAUCUUAGCCCAGACACCAUCAUUUUCUCAACAAACCCCCCUCUCCUCAGCCUUCCCAACGAUUUCACGGCAUGGUCAAUUCUCCUGCUCCAUUGCGUCACUCAGCUCCUCGAUCAGUUCGGUCAGGCUUGGUUUAAUGGUCACACUUCAGUCAUCCAUCCACUUUCCCCAAUAUUUCACCUUCCAUUCUGGGUUCUUUCAUACUGGAGGGACAUCUCAUGUGCCCUGGAGGCUCGUCUCACCUGGAUAUUGGCCCAUGAUUGGGUUCUUCAGAGGCUUGAGGAUGAAGAGGACACAGGCCGUGGUGCUUCCAAGUCAGUAGUUGUAGAUGAGGUUCUAGAUUCGCUUGAGCGUUUUCCAUGGGAUGUUGACUUGAAGGGGUUUGGUGCUCAGACCAGUCUUCGCACACCAGAGCUUCUCCCUCUACUUGCUGACAUGAUGGUCAAUGGUCGUGUACUUGAUGCUCUUAUUGCCGCUAUCAAUGAUCGUGUGGAUGAACACAAUGAUACUGCUGUCGAGACACUUGAUUUUUCAAAUAUAUUGUUCCUGGGUGACAUGCGGUGGUCAAAGUAUCAUUUCGACAAAGCCUUUACUCGGCUGCAUUACCUCGGAGACUCGCUUCACGAUGGCACCAUACAGCACGUCAUUUUCCCUGUCAAUGUUGCCAAUGUCCAUUGGGCCAUCGUUAGCAUGGAUGCUAGCACACGGAUGAUCUUGUACGGCGACUCACUUGGAUGGUCCAUGCCUAGUUCAUAUGUUGAUGCUAUCCACCGCUGGUUGAAAAACCACGGUUUCGCACCAUUCGGCAAAGGAUCCUUGUCUCAUGGGGAGCAGACAGACUCCUUUUCAUGUGCAAUCGCGGCUCUCAAUACCAUCAAGUACGCUGUCUUCAGACACCACCCGCUGUUUACCGAUGACUCAAAAUAUUGUCUUCGCAUGGAGGAGUUUUUGAUGUUGACAAAGAGCCACUUCGAGUCCGGUACCAGCAACAAGCCCCUCCCCUCCGCCAACAACAUCUAG